UCAUAAACAUAUACGACUAAGAAAGUUUAUAGUAUUUAUCUUACAAUUAGCAAUAUAGUCCUUGGGUUGAUUCAUAGUCUUACAUAUUAUUAUUGGUUUGACUAAAGUAUAGACUUAGGUAUAGACUGUUUACGUAUUAGACUUCUGUGUGCUAUCACUGUCAAUGUCAUUACGUGCUAUCGUGCUUUGUUUCAUUCAGAUUGUCAAUAAAUUUGCUAAAAAUUUUCAUUUUCUAUUCGUGUGCAAUUAUAUAAAAAACAAAAAGGGUGUAUUCAAAUCUAAGCCAGUAAAUCCACCUCCAGCUCCGAUCAUUAUCAGGAUGCCACUUUGGGAAUUAGCACAAGGAGCUGGGCCUUUUGUAAGGCUUGCAGGGCUUAGUGGUGCCGCGGCAGUAGUGCUGGGUGCUAUGGGCGCACAUCGUACCUUCCCUGAAACGGACACCAAAGAAGACCUGCGAAAAAUAUUUGAUACUGCCAAUCGAUUUCACUUCCUACACACGCUUGCAUUAAUGACAGUACCUUUAUGCAGGAGGCCAUAUAUUGCUGGUGCAUUCUUUAUAGCAGGCAUAGGACUUUUCAGCGGCACCUGUUACUACCAUGCCUUCACAGGUGACCGUAGUCUCCGACGUCUCACACCUAUUGGUGGUUCAUGCCUCAUCCUGGGUUGGAUUGCAAUGGUACUCUAAAUUUUAUUGAAAAAUUAAAAUCUAUUCAUAUUCUAGUGAUUGAAAUGUAUGAGGUAGGGUCAUUGUUAAUAGCAUACACUUAUUCCAGCCUUCUAUGUUGUACUAUCAUUGUAGAUUACAAUUUAUUGUAUUUUAAGUGAUUAGUGUCUUGUUUCUUAGAUGGUAAAUUAUUUUAAAAUACUUUUUGGGCUACUGGUAGUAGACAAGUAUACAGUUCAAACUAAAGAUAUUUGUUUUAUCGAACUUUCUAGAAGUGAGUAUAAUGGAAAUAUGGAGGCUAACUUCAUAAACUAAGAGUUUCACAGAACUUCCUAAAAAUAUACUGAAAAGUUGUCAUAAUGUUUACCAAGUCAUAUUUUACUGAGAAACAAAAUCACCUCAUAUCUGGAAGGUUUAAAAAUUCAUUUACUCCCAUAAAGAUAUUUUGUUGUAAUAUCUUAAUCAUUUGUUAUUAUAUAAUGUAAUAAUUUAUUAUUACAAACCAUUGUACAUAUUUUAUUAUUAUAGACUGUAAAGUGAAUUGAUUUAAUAUAUGUAAUAUUGAUGUGUUAAAAA